GUGAUAAGCGCCGGGUACUCGAGUGGAUAGCACCGAAAUAUGACUGAUUUAUCUUCCAUAGGUGUCUAAACUCAUGACCUCGCGUCCCGCUCUACAGGGGAGAAUAGCAGUUAAGCUUGUCAGCUCGUGUAAAAAUCUCUACCCUCUAAAAUAUCAAAUUGCACGGUUAAAAAGUGCCGAUUUUUAACUCAGUCUGACAACCUUGGUUGUCAGAUUGUCAAAUGCCAAUUACAAACUUUACUUCGAGUUAUGCGGAGAAAAUUUUCGAUUUCCAGCCCAAUUUGGCAAAUUGUCAUUACGUCAACUGGAACAAACGCUCACAAAUUGCCCAAUGCUUUUCCAGUCGAUCCCACCGAACAGGAAUUUGUCGUCGUGAUCCAUCGAGUCGCUUGCUUUUUGUGGAGUCCCUUGUUUCGGCGUGGAUUUUCUAGAGUAGUUUCUGUAAAUUAGCGUCUGUGAUACAAGAUAUCCGCCGUAGAACGCCGGGCACUAUACUCCGAUUGAAUAGAAAGUGGUGAGAUGGCAUCUGGCAGAGUGUGAGGUGCGCGUUCAAGUGCGAUCUCCGAAAGGAACACGACGAGAGUGUAUUUCACCCAUUAUUGACGUGGAAAAUUCAGUGUUUGAUCGCGGAAAAGAGACGGUGAUCCAGCAGAGAGGAAAUUGCUCCUCUGAGGGAACAUCCUGAUCAGGAUUAGGAGGUGAGACGGGGGCCUCGGGGCGGAAUGGGGGACUGGCGGGAGCGGUGGUUGGCGCUGUUCUAUCUGCUCAGCGUCGUCUUCGGCUCGACGUGCUUCGUCUGCAUGGGCAUCGUCUGGGGCUACUGGGCCGGGGCCCUGGACCAGUGCUCCGAGGAGCUGCGCGACCUCCACGGCACCCCGAUCGGCCGCGGCGGCGAAUCCUGCGGAUGCCUCCUCUACGGCUCCUCCACCUUCUCCGGCUUCGUCGGCAGCGACACCAUCGUCUGCCGCUUCCUCACCUUCGCCCACUUCCCGGCCGUCCUCGUCGCCUCCGCCUUCGCCCUCUACCACGGCUACCGCGUCUGCAUCCCCCACGCCCGACUUCCGCCAAGCGCCUUCCCCAACGGCUCUCUCGCCCACCUCGAUCAGAACCCCAAAAG